CACACAAACUUUGAGAUAAUAAUCAUAGUAACGCACCAGUGGGCAUAGUAAACAGUAACCAUCAAACGAAUUCCAACAACAAACUGCCAACUACAAAUGUCAUUGAUUUUUUUCUGACGUUUCUAUGGCAACUAAUUAAUUUCAAUCGUAAUUUUCAAUUUUAAUAAGUAAAUAUAUAAUCAAAAAUGUCAGAUCUUACGGAAAAAUAUAUUUUUGAAGCGGAAUGGUUUGACAAUGCGUCUGGAAUUUUCAAAAAAUUUUAUUUGUACUAUUUUCCUGCUGACAACACUAUUGAGCUGUUUGACAUAAAAAACAAGAAAAUAUUUCUCCGUCGAACGAAAUGCGAAGGCGUUAAUUUGAAAAAUUUAUUCAUCGGCUCAGUUGUCACGAUAUUUUCCAGGCCGAUGAAAAUAAUCGAUAUUGCUGAUGGUGCAACUAGAAAUCGAUUGAGUAAAACGAUGCAAAAGACAUUCGCUCUAUUGACACCGGAAUUGAUAAAUAAUAUGGGAGAAAUAUUCAAAAUAAUAGCGGCACAUAAUCUCCAUAUCGCAAACGUGAAAAUGUGUAUGCUGGAGGAGUCUGAUGUCGAAAGAAUUUACAGACACGAUAAUAUUCCUCACAUGAAAUAUAUCUUAACGUCGAAGCCAGUCGUUAUGUUAAUGUUGAUAGGAGACAAUGCAGUAAAUCGUUGGAAUGAAUUAAUUAGUUUUAGUGAUAAUAUUUCUGGUGGGGAAAAGUCAAAAGUGUCAUUACAUGAACGAUUCGCUAAAGAUGCAAGAGAUAAUUUGUUUUAUGGCUCGCCGAAUGUUGACGCUGCUGAACAAGAACUAGAUUUUUUCUUCCCAACCUCAAAAUUAAAAAAACACAAAUUUCGAAAUACGGCAACUCUAAAAAAUUGCACUUGUUGCAUAAUAAAACCUCAUGCAGUCCAAUCCGAUUUGAUCGGAAAUAUUGUUGAAGACAUUCAAAAAUCCGGUUACACAAUAUCUGCGCUUCAGCAAUUCAAUAUCGACCCAAUAAACGCCGAAGAAUUUCUCGAAGUCUACAAAGGAGUUUUAGCCGAUCACGGGGCUAUGGUCGCUGAAUUACAGUCGGGACCUUGCGUCGCCAUGGAAAUAACUCACAGAGAUGAAUCCAUAAACGUUCCGCUCGAGUUUAGAAAACUUUGUGGUCCAAUGGAUCCAGAAAUUGGUAAACAAUUACGACCGAAUACUUUACGCGCGAAAUAUGGAAACACGAAAAUCCAAAAUGCUGUUCAUUGUUCAGAUUUACCCGAGGAUGGUUUACUCGAAGUGGAAUAUUUCUUCCGCAUCCUCGACAGUUGAAUGGAAAUCAAAACAUCCCAACUUUUUGUACCGACAAACAAUUUUUAUUUUUUUAAUUUUAUAAAUAUAAAUAAAUAUUUAAACGAAAAAUAUAAAUAUGUGCAUUAUUAAUUUCUCAUUUAAUUUAAUGGCGUAAUAAAAAAAUGUUUAUGACCGAUAACGCUGGCAGUCGUAAGUCACAGUCAAUAAUCAAGAGUAGUUGGAGUAAUUAAAAAAAAAUAUAUCGUAACAAUUGUUCUUAAAAAAAAAAAAAAGACAUAUGUUUAAUAUUAUUGCAUAAGAAUAUGAAAAGUAUGAUACUUGUAGUAUUUCGCACAUUCUUCAGUUGACAAAACAAUAAACACGCAUAAUAAAAAUCCAAAUAAUUGCAUGUUUGCGUAAAUAUAUAUGUAUAUAUAUAUGCAAACUUUUUUAAAACAUUUAUUAUAAAUAAAUGAACAUUAGUAUUAAGUUUGCGUCGUCCUUGGGAACGAAUGUGUUGAAUGAAUAUUUUUUUUCGCCACUAGACCCAAUGUUUGAUUCAAUUACAUGGUCAUCUGAUGAAAAAUCGAACAAUCGUUAUUACAAAAGAGUAAUCACUUUACAACAUAAAAUAAUGAUAACAAUGAUAAAUAAAAAUAAUAAUAAAGACGAAGGCAAAGUAACAUCAGUGAGUUCUCAUUGGCUUAUUAGGAAAUUAACUUCCGUUCUUGUCGUCGACACGGUGGAUCGGCAAUAUUAAGAGCCAGUCCGGAGUAUGACAUCGACUGACGUACUUCGCUCUUUUUAAGUUACUCUUUAGUUUGUUGUAUUAUUUUUUUUUUUUUUUUAAUCAACUUUUUUAUUAAUCAACGGCCGAUUAAUUUUCACUAAUUAACGAUUUUUUUUUUUACGAUUUAUCGGUA